AUGAAUCGAUGAAAUCUCAAUCGUUGACUCUGAAUUUAUUUCUGUUUUGAUGAUCGUAUUCGGCUGCAAAAAGGAUAAAAAGCUACAAAUAUAGAAAAGCUAUCCACCAGAAAUGGCGGAUAGCAGUGAUACAGAAAGCCAGAGCAUCCAGGUGGUUGCAGAGGUGCCGGUUUUGACCCAGUAUCUCCGGAAAACUUUGCCUCUUCUGCUCGAAAAUGGCGAGCCAUCUGUGGCAUUGGACAACGCCCUUGCUGAGAAAGGGCACGUAGAAUGCAUGAAAAAAUUCCUUUCUGAUCCACAAGUUCAUUGUUUAAUGGUUCAGAGGAAUGUGACAAAAGAUGAUGAUGAUGAAGCGAGUGAAGCUUCAGAACCCGGGGAACCCGAGGUGAUAACGUACACUCUGAUGAACACGGCUCAGUUCACCAACACCAAAAUGAUGAGUGUUGUGUUCCUGAAGAAAGGUGUACUGGUUGACGGUGAUAAGUCUAUGUCUUCGCAACUACGUGUCAUUGCCUUCAGUGAGGGCUCCCCCUUUGAGACCCUACAUGCAUACGUCAGUGAAGCCAUGGCCCCCUUCUUCAAAUCCUACAUACGGGCUACAGGAAAAGUUGAUAGGGAUGGUGACAAAAUGGCACCAACAGUUGAGAAGAAAAUUUCAGAACUAGAAAUGGGACUCCUUCAUCUUCAACAAAACAUUGACAUCCCUGAAAUUACACUUCCCAUCAAUCCUAUUGUGUCUUCAAUGAUCCGCAAAUGUCAAGAUGAAAAUCGUAGGCCAAAGGUCAUCGAUUUUGCAGACAAGGCAGAGGACUCGGUUUUCUUGAAUCAACUUCAAAAUGGCGUAAACAGGUGGAUUAGAGAGAUUCAGAAGGUGACCAAGUUGGAUCGUGAUCCGGCAUCAGGCACAGCACUCCAGGAAAUCAGCUUCUGGUUGAAUCUGGAGAGGGCGCUAAUGAAAGUUCAAGAGAAGCGAGAAAGCAUUGAUGUCGCUCUAACACUAGAAAUUCUGAAACAUGGCAAACGUUUCCAUGCAACCGUCAGCUUUGAUACUGAUACAGGUUUGAAGCAAGCAUUAGACACGGUGAAUGACUUUGCCCCUCUUAUGAAAGACUUCCCUUUGAAUGAUUUGCUGGCCGCAUCCGAGCUCGACCGUAUCAGGUUGGCCCUCGUCAGUAUCUUCCAACACCUCAGAAAGAUCAGGAACACCAAAUACCCAAUUCAAAGAGCUCUACGACUAGUGGAAGCCAUCUCUAGAGAUUUGACAACUCAACUUCUCAAGGUGCUUGGAACAAGACGCCUAAUGCACAUUAGCUUUGAGGAGUUCGAAAAGGUCAUGUCUGCAUGCUUUGAGGUAUUUGGAACUUGGGAUGACGAGUACGAGAAGUUACAGGGUUUGCUACGUGAUAUCGUCAAGAAAAAGCGUGAAGAAAGCUUAAAGAUGGUAUGGCGUGUCAACCCCAACCACAAACGACUCCAAGUCAGACUAGAAACCAUGAGAAAAUUUCGUCGGCAGCAUGAACAAUUACGUACUGUGAUAGUACGAGUACUACGACCAGCUGUUGCCCCCCCAACGGCCCCUGGCAGCCCUGGUGGUCCACGCUCUGAGGAGUCCCAACAGACUAAUAUGAAUGAGCUUCUGAUGGAUGCUGCGGAUGCUAAUGCAAUUGAAGAAGUGAACCUAGCCUACGAAAAUGUGAAGGAAGUAGAUGGGCUCGAUGUGACACGUGAAGGCUCAGAUGCCUUUGAGGCAGCCAUGAAGAGGUAUGAUGAACGUAUAGACCGUGUAGAAACUAGAAUUACUGCACGUCUUCGUGAUCAACUGGGCACAGCCAAGAACGCAAACGAAAUGUUCCGUAUAUUCUCGCGUUUCAACGCCCUGUUUGUACGACCUCACAUUCGCGGAGCCAUCCGGGAAUAUCAAACACAGUUGAUACAGCGUGUCAAAGACGACAUCGAGGCUCUUCACGAUAAAUUCAAGGUCCAGUAUCCAUUGAGCAAGGCCAGUAAGAUGAGUAAGGUGAGGGACUUGCCUCCCACCUCUGGAUCCAUCAUCUGGGCAAGACAGAUUGAUCGCCAGCUCACAGCCUACAUGAGGCGAGUAGAGGAUGUACUUGGCAAAGGCUGGGAAAAUCAUGUUGAAGGUCAGAAGUUGAAAGCAGAUGGAGAUAGCUUCCGUGCUAAACUAAGCACUCAGGAGGUGUUUGAUGAUUGGUCAAGAAAGGUUCAGCAGCGUCAACUUGGAGUCACCGGCCGCAUCUUCACAAUUGAAAGUCAGAGAGCUCGCGCUGGAACAAAGUCCAACGUCCUCAAACUCAGAAUCAACUUCUUACCGGAUAUCAUAACAUUGUCCAAGGAGGUACGUAACUUGAAAUGGCUUGGUUUCCGUGUGCCGUUAGCAAUUGUCAACAAGGCACAUCAGGCCAAUCAGCUAUACCCAUUCGCAAUCUCUCUGAUCGAGAGUGUUAGGACCUACGAACGUACCUGUGACAAGGUUGAAGCAAGGCCAACCAUCACUCUCUUGGUUGCAGGUCUGAAGAAAGAAGUACAAGGCUUGAUCGCAGAAGGAAUUGGUCUUGUUUGGGAGUCUUACAAACUUGAUCCUUAUGUUCAGAAGUUGGCUGAGACUGUCUUUAACUUCCAAGAGAAAGUGGACGAUUUACUUAUGAUAGAGGAGAAAAUCGAUCAGGAUGUACGAUCACUUGAUAGUGCUGAUUACAAUGCCAACAUCUUUGCAGAAAUUCUAGGCCAUAUCCAGAAAGCUGUAGAUGAUUUGAGCUUGCACUCUUACUCCAAUCUCCCUCAAUGGGUCGCCAAGUUGGACUCAGUGGUCGAGAAGUGUCUUGCCAAGAGAUUGCAAGCUGGGCUGCAGGCUUGGACAAAAUGCUUGUAUGGUGAUAAGACAUCCAGAUUUGAGGAGACCAUGGAUACAGAUGCACCUGCUAAACACAAGCCAGGUGGUGACCCCAAGAUCAAGGGUUUGAUCCAUGAGAUCAGAAUCACAAACCAGGUCAUGUACUUGGGCCCACCAAUUGAGGAGGCCAGGUACCAGCUCCUGCAACAGCUCUUUGCUUGGCAGCAGAUUGUUACAUCACAGAGACGUCUGGAGAGCUCACGUUACCAGGUUGGUGUUGAUCACCAUGAGUCUGCUAAACACUCUGUCUACCGGAACCUCCUGACCAAGCUCCCAGAUGGGCCCAUUAUAUUAGAAGAAGCUUACAGGGCAAUUGAUGACACCUUGAACUACGUGAAGGAGUAUGUUAAGGUGUGGCUUCAGUAUCAGUCCUUGUGGGAUAUGCAGUCGCACAACAUCUACAACAAGCUCGGAGAGGACAUGACAAGAUGGACUCAGCUCUUGACAGAAAUUAGACAAGCUCGUACCACUUUUGAUACUGCCGAGUCAAGAAAGGAAUUUGGACCUAUUGUGGUGGAUUAUGGAAAGGUGCAGUCAAAAGUGAACAUGAAGUACGACACUUGGCACAAGGAGAUUUUGAGCAAAUUUGGAACGAUGCUCGGCAACGAGAUGACAGAAUUCCACUCCUCACUCUCAAAGUCUCGAACAGAGCUUGAACAGCACUCAGUCGAUACAGCCAGCACAGCUGAUGCCGUUAGCUUCAUCACAUACGUACAGAACCUUAAGAGGAAACACCGUACUUGGGAGAAGCAAGUAGAGAUGUAUCACCACGGGCAGAAGCUUCUUGAGAGGCAGCGCUACCAGUUCCCAUCCAGCUGGCUGUACGUGGAUAACAUCGAAGGUGAAUGGGGGGCUUACAAUGAAAUCAUGAAGAGGAAGGAUGCCUCCAUCCAACAACAGGUUGCUAGCCUACAGAUGAAAAUUGUUGCUGAGGAUAAGACUGUUGAGCUCAGAACCUCAGAACUACUGGCAGAGUGGGAGAAAGGCAAACCCAUUCAGGGUGAUCUGAAGCCAGACGCAGCAACCAGUGCAUUGACCAUCUUCGAAGGAAAGUUUGCCAGGUUGAAAGAGGAUAGAGACAACAUUGCCAAAGCUAAAGAAGCUCUCGAACUGAAAGAAGCAGGCACAUUCACUAACAGUGAAGAGAGAAUGCAAGUGGCCUUAGAAGAACUCCAGGACCUGAAGGGUGUGUGGUCAGAACUCUCCAAGAUCUGGGAAAGUAUCGACGAUAUGAAGGAAAAGCCUUGGCUUUCCAUCCAGCCACGAAAACUUCGACAGAACAUUGACAGCCUCCUGGCUCAGAUGAAAGAACUGCCGGCCAGACUUCGUCAGUAUUCCUCCUAUGAGCAUGUGCAGAAGAUGCUCAAAGGUUUUGCCAAGGUUAACAUGUACAUUGUGGAAUUGAAGUCUGAGGCCUUGAAAGAACGCCACUGGAAGCAGUUGAUGAAGUCACUACGCGUCAACUGGGUUCUAGCAGAGCUGACCCUAGGCCAUGUCUGGGAUAUUGACCUCCUCAGGAAUGAGUCCAUUGUCAGGGACGUCAUCAACAUUGCUCAGGGUGAAAUGGCUCUGGAGGAGUUCUUAAAACAAGUUCGUGAAAGUUGGCAGUCAUAUGAACUAGACAUGAUUAAUUACCAGAACAAAUGCCGAAUCAUCCGUGGAUGGGAUGAUCUCUUCAACAAAGUUAAGGAGCACAUCAACAGUGUCGCUGCAAUGAAACUCUCACCUUACUACAGGGUAUUUGAAGAUGAGUCUCUACAGUGGGAGGAGAAGCUGAACCGCAUCAAUGCCAUCUUUGAUGUAUGGAUCGACGUCCAAAGACGUUGGGUGUACCUGGAAGGGAUCUUCACCGGCAGUGCCGACAUCAAGCAUCUCUUACCUGUAGAGACCCAGCGAUUCUCAAGUAUCAGCAAUGAAUUCUUGGGAUUAAUGAAGAAAGUAGCAAAGUCACCACUGGUCCUUGAUGUAGUCAACAUCCCAGGAGUUCAAAAAGGACUGGAGAGAUUGGCUGAUCUUCUAGGAAAGAUCCAGAAGGCAUUAGGAGAGUACCUGGAGAGGGAAAGAUCAUCAUUCCCAAGAUUCUACUUCGUUGGUGAUGAAGAUCUACUGGAGAUCAUUGGCAACAGCAAGAAUGUAGAGAAACUCCAGAAGCAUUUCAAGAAGAUGUUUGCAGGCAUCGCUGCACUUAUCCUGAAUGAGGAUUCCACCAUUGUGAACGGAAUCUCAUCUCGUGAGGGUGAGGAUGUACUAUUCAAGACUCCCGUGUCCAUCACAGACCAUCCCAAGAUCAAUGAAUGGCUGACGUUGGUAGAGAGCGAGAUGCGCUUGACUCUCGCUAAACUCCUUGCCUCUGCCGUUGCUGGCAUUGAACAGUUCAAGGAGGGUGCUAUUAACUCUGAGAAGUAUUUGGAAUGGGUUGAUCAGUACCAGGCCCAGUUAGCUGUACUAUCAGCCCAGAUCUCAUGGUCUGAAGGCUUGGAAAAGGCACUGACAAAGGUGUCACAGAAUCCAUCUGCUGGCUUAGGCCCAAUGCAGGAAGUCUUGAAGACAGUUGAGGGAACACUGCAAGUAUUGGCCAACUCAGUUCUGCAAGAGCAGCCUCCAGUCAGACGAAAGAAGCUGGAACACUUGAUCACGGAACUUGUCCAUCAACGUGAUGUAACUCGCGAGUUAAUCAAGAACAACGUAUGCGACCCACAAUCAUUUGACUGGCUGUGUCAUAUGCGAUUCUACUUUGACCCGAAGAACCCUGAAGUCCUGGAGCAGCUAUCCAUCCGAAUGGCCAAUGCUAAAUUCCAUUAUGGAUUUGAGUAUCUUGGUGUGCAUGAUAAACUUGUCCAGACACCACUGACUGACCGCUGCUACCUUACUAUGACCCAGGCCUUGGAGAGCCGACUUGGCGGAUCACCUUUUGGUCCUGCUGGAACUGGUAAGACAGAAUCUGUGAAAGCUCUUGGCAACCAACUUGGACGAUUCGUAUUAGUAUUCAAUUGCGAUGAAAACUUUGAUGUUCAGGCCAUGGGACGAAUCUUUGUGGGACUUUGUCAGGUAGGAGCAUGGGGCUGCUUUGAUGAGUUCAACCGUUUGGAGGAGAGGAUGUUGUCUGCCUGUUCUCAACAAAUCCAAACAAUUCAAGAGGCUUUGAAGGAGAAGGCAGCAUCAGCAAAAUCGAGUGAGGCAAUCCAGGUGGAAUUAGUAGGCAAACAAGUAAAGGUAAACCCAGACAUGGCCAUCUUCAUUACAAUGAAUCCUGGCUAUGCUGGUCGAUCCAACCUCCCAGACAAUCUUAAGAAGCUCUUCCGCAGCUUGGCCAUGACUAAGCCCAACCGGCAGCUCAUUGCGGAAGUUAUGCUGUACUCGCAAGGAUUCCGCAUGGCAGAAAAACUGGCCUCCAAGAUCGUGCCGUUCUUCAAGCUUUGUGAUGAACAGCUUUCUUCGCAAUCUCACUACGAUUUUGGACUGCGUGCAUUGAAGUAUGUGCUGGUUAGCGCCGGAAAUGUGAAACGAGACAGGAUCCUGAUCAUCAAAGAGGAAAGAAGAGAAAGAGGAGAAAGUGUGAAUGAGGGUGAAAUAGCAGAAGAGUUGCCAGAGCAGGAGAUUCUGAUCCAGAGUGUUUGUGAAACAAUGGUUCCUAAGCUGGUCGCUGAAGACAUCCCACUGCUGUACAGUCUGUUGACAGAUGUCUUCCCUGGGAUCCCCUACACCCAGGCAGAGAUGAAGGGUCUAAGGCGCGAGUUGCAAAGGGUGUGUCAGGAGGCUCACCUUGUGUAUGGUGAAGGGGAAGAAACAGGGGCAAACUGGGUAGAAAAGGUUCUGCAGCUAUACCAGAUAUCCAAUCUCAACCACGGUCUAAUGAUGGUUGGGCCAAGUGGUAGUGGUAAAAGUACUGCUUGGAGAUCUCUUCUCAAAGCGCUGGAGAGGCUGGAAGGAGUUGAAGGCGUUGCACAUGUUAUCGACCCAAAAGCUAUGACCAAAGAAGAUCUGUAUGGUAUCCUUGACCCGAAUACAAGAGAAUGGACAGACGGUCUAUUUACACACAUUCUACGAAAGAUCAUUGAUAAUGUGCGAGGUGAAAUUAAUAAACGACAGUGGAUUGUUUUUGAUGGUGAUGUAGAUCCAGAGUGGGUGGAAAACCUAAACAGUGUCCUUGAUGACAAUAAAUUGUUGACACUACCUAAUGGUGAACGUCUUGCCCUUCCACCAAAUGUGAGAGUAAUGUUCGAAGUACAGGACCUACGCUACGCCACACUGGCCACUGUCAGUCGUUGUGGCAUGGUGUGGUUCAGUGAAGACGUACUCAGCACGGAGAUCAUAUGCGAGAACUUUCUCACAAAGUUGCGCAACAUUCCCUUGGAAGAGGCAGAAGAGGAACCACGAAGAGGUGAUGAAAAGGAGGGUGUGCUAUCUCCAAAUAUGCAGAUUCAGAAUGAUGUCGCGGCAGUACUUGCUCAACACUUUACGUCCGAUGGCCUUGUUAUACGUUGCCUGGAAUACGCAUCCACUCAGGAGCAUAUCAUGGAUUUCACCCGUUUGAGAGCGUUAGGUUCUCUCUUUUCUAUGUUAAACCAGUCUGUGAAAAAUAUUAUCCAGUACAACCAUGCACACUCAGAUUUUCCAAUGCAGCAAGACCAACUAGAACGUUACAGUGUACGCUACUUGGUUUUCUCGUUAAUCUGGGCGUUCUCCGGCGAUAGUAAGAUGAAACACCGUGAUCAGAUGGGAGAGUUUAUACGAAACGCUACGACAAUUCCACUACCACCUCAGGCUAACUCAUCAGUUAUUGAUUUUGAGGUGGCCAUCACAGGUGAAUGGCAACCCUGGCAAGCUAAGGUACCUCAGAUAGAAGUGGAGACUCACAAGGUGGCAUCACCAGACAUCGUCGUCCCAACCUUGGACACAGUUCGUCAUGAAGCUCUACUUUAUCUCUGGCUGAAUGAACACAAGCCCAUGGUGCUCUGCGGACCCCCUGGUAGUGGCAAGACUAUGACCCUGUUCAGUGCUCUCAGAGCCCUGCCUGAUAUGGAGGUUGUUGGCUUGAACUUCUCAAGCGCCACCACGCCAGAGUUGAUGUUGAAGACAUUUGAUCAUUAUUGUGAAUACCGACGCACCCCUAAUGGCAUUGUGCUGUCCCCAAUCCAGCUCAACAAAUGGCUGGUAGUAUUCUGUGAUGAAAUCAACUUGCCUGAUAUGGAUAAGUAUGGCACGCAGCGGGUUAUUUCAUUUUUGCGCCAAGUCUUGGAGCAUGGUGGAUUUUACAGAACUUCCGAUGAGCAGUGGGUCAAGUUUGAGAGAAUUCAGUUUGUUGGAGCAUGUAACCCACCGACAGACCCUGGCAGAAAACCACUGUCACACAGAUUCCUGCGUCAUGUGCCAGUCGUGUACGUUGAUUAUCCAGGCCCGGCAUCUCUUGCCCAGAUCUAUGGCACAUUCAACCGUGCCAUGCUGCGUCUUAUCCCAAGCCUGCGAACCUACUCGGAGCCUUUGACAAAUGCGAUGGUCGAGUUCUACAUGAUGUCACAAGAGAGGUUCACUCAGGACAUGCAGCCGCACUACAUAUACAGUCCACGUGAGAUGACUCGCUGGGUUCGUGGUAUUGUUGAAGCUUUACGCCCUCUUGAGUCCCUACCAGUAGAAGGCUUGGUGCGUGUCUGGGCACAUGAAGCAUUGAGACUGUUUCAAGACAGACUUGUUUUGGAUGAAGAACGACAAUGGACUGAGGAGAAUAUUGAUGUAGUAGCACUGAAGCACUUUCCAAACAUCAACAGAGUUGCUGCCCUCAAGCGCCCGAUUCUCUACUCCAAUUGGCUGUCUAAAGACUACGUACCCGUGGACCAGGAAGAGUUGCGCGAAUAUGUUAAAGCUAGGUUGAAGAUCUUCUAUGAAGAGGAAUUGGAUGUACCUCUAGUGCUGUUCAAUGAGGUACUGGAUCAUGUGCUCAGAAUUGACAGGAUUUUCAAGCAACCACAAGGCCAUUUACUGUUGAUUGGUGUAAGUGGUGCAGGCAAGACAACACUGUCUCGUUUUGUUGCGUGGAUGAAUGGACUCAGCAUCGUUCAAGUGAAGGUACAUCGCAAAUACACUGCAGAAGACUUUGACGAAGACCUGAGGAUAGUAUUGCGUCGCAGUGGUUGCAAAGACGAGAAGAUCUGCUUCAUUAUGGACGAAUCAAACGUUCUUGACUCAAGCUUCCUGGAGAGGAUGAACACACUACUAGCAAAUGGAGAGGUUCCUGGUUUGUUUGAGGGAGACGAGUACACAACUUUGAUGACACAAUGUAAGGAAGGAUCUCAGAAACAAGGCUUGAUGUUGGACAGCACCGAGGAGCUGUAUAAAUGGUUCACAGAACAGGUGAUGAAGAAUCUCCAUGUGGUGUUCACAAUGAACCCAUCGUCAGAAGGCCUCAAGGAUCGAGCCGCAACAUCUCCAGCUCUUUUCAACAGGUGUGUGUUGAAUUGGUUUGGUGAUUGGUCCAAUCAUGCCCUCUAUCAAGUUGGUAAAGAGUUUACCAACAAGGUUGAUCUUGACAAAUCAGAUUACCGAGUACCAGACUAUUUCCCGAAGGCAUUGGAUGACCUGCCAAAAAUUCCAACUCACCGGGAAGCCAUCAUCAACGCGUAUGUCUUUGUACAUCAAACCCUCCACCAGGCUAACAGCCGUUUGCAAAAGCGUGGUGGUCGUGUGAUGGCCAUCACACCAAGACACUAUCUGGACUUCAUCAACCACUACGUAAAGCUCUACAAUGAGAAGCGGUCAGAUUUGGAAGAGCAACAGCUCCAUUUGAAUGUUGGACUACAGAAGAUCAAAGAAACUGUUGACCAGGUGGCAGAGAUGAGGAAGAGCCUGGCUCAGAAGAGGAACGAAUUGGAAGCAAAGAAUUCAGCUGCUAAUGCCAAGCUAAAGCAGAUGGUGAAAGAUCAACAAGAAGCUGAGAAGAAGAAAGUAACGUCACAGGAGAUCCAAGCAAGACUCACUAAACAGACAGCUGAGAUUGAAGAAACAAGAAACUUUGUGAUGUCUGACCUCGCAAAGGUCGAACCAGCUGUCCAAGAUGCUCAGCAAGCUGUGAAGGGCAUUAAAAAGAGCCAUUUGGUUGAGGUGCGUUCUAUGGGCAACCCUCCAGCUGCAAUCAAACUCACCCUGGAGUCUAUCUGUCUCCUCCUCGGCCAAUACACUACCGAUUGGAAAGCCAUCCGUGGUAUCAUCAUCAAGGAUAACUUUAUAAGCACCAUUGUAAAUUUCUCAACAGAGGACAUCACUGAACAGAUCCGCAAGACCAUCCAGUCUAAGUACCUCAGUGAUCCAAAUUACAACUUUGAGAAAGUAAACAGGGCCAGUUUAGCAUGUGGACCACUUGUGAAGUGGGCAAUUGCACAGAUAAGUUAUGCGGAGAUGCUUCACCGUGUGGAGCCACUGCGUAACCAACUGAAGGAACUCGAAGGGAAAGCAGAAGAGAACAAGCGAGAAAUGGAUGAAGUGAAUCAAGUGAUCGAUGGUCUAGAGCGUAGCAUUGCUAGAUACAAAGAGGAAUAUGCGCAGCUGAUUAGUCAAGCGCAGGCUAUCAAGUCCACGUUGGAGGCAGUUGAAAUAAAGGUGAACCGCAGCACAGCCCUCUUGCGUAGUCUGUCAAUGGAGAGUAAGAGAUGGGAGACUAGCAGUGAAUCGUUCAAGGCUCAGAUGAGCACCAUCCUCGGUGACGUGUUGCUGUCCUCGGCCUUUAUGGCCUAUGGCGGUUACUUUGACCAACAGAUGAGGCAUAACCUAUUCAGCACAUGGUCCGCCCACUUGCAGCAAGCUCACAUCAAAUACAGGCAUGAUAUAGCUAGAGUUGAGUACCUAUCAAAUGCCGAUGAGCGAUUGCGCUGGCAGACCAACGCCUUGCCCAAGGAUGAUCUGUGUACAGAAAACGCCAUCAUGUUGCAACGAUUCAAUCGUUAUCCGUUGAUCAUCGAUCCAUCAGGACAAGCUACAGAGUUUCUCCUCAACGAGUACAGGGACAAGAAGAUCUCCAAGACCAGUUUCCUGGAUGAUGCUUUCCGUAAGAACUUGGAAAGUUCCCUUCGAUUUGGCAAUCCACUUCUUGUACAGGAUGUUGAGAGCUAUGAUCCUAUCCUGAAUCCUGUGCUGAAUCGAGAAGUACGCAGAACAGGUGGUCGUGUCCUGAUAUCGCUAGGCGACCAGGAUAUUGACUUGUCACCAUCAUUCACCAUCUUCCUGUCGACAAGAGAUCCAACAGUUGAGUUUGCUCCCGAUAUCUGCUCCAGAGUAACCUUUGUCAACUUCACUGUGACCAGAAGCAGUCUGCAGAGCCAGUGCUUGAACGAGGUACUCAAAUCUGAACGACCAGAUAUUGAUGAGAAACGAUCAGAUCUUCUCAAACUGCAAGGAGAGUUUGCUCUGCGUCUACGCCACUUGGAGAAAUCAUUGUUGCAAGCCCUAAAUGAUGUCAAAGGUCGAAUCCUUGACGAUGAUAGCAUUAUCACUACUUUAGAAACCCUAAAAAAAGAAGCCGCUGAUGUCACUAAAAAGGUUGAGGAGACUGAUGUUGUGAUGGCAGAGGUAGAAACAGUUUCUCAACAGUACAACGCCCUCGCUCAGUCAUGUAGCAGCAUUUACUUUACACUGGAGGCCCUCAAUCUGGUGCAUUUCUUGUACCAGUUUUCACUGCAGUUCUUCUUGGAGAUGUUCCAUGCAGUGUUGUCUGAGAACAAGCACCUGAAAGGAGUCACCGAGCACUCUUCACGCCUCUCCAUCAUUACUAAAGACCUAUUCCAGAUGUCCUUUAACCGUGUAGCACAUGGAAUGCUCCAUGAGGAUCACAUCAUGUUUGGCAUCCUCUUGUCUCGAAUCCAUCUGAAAGGUAUCUCAAGUGAGCCUGAUUACAAUGUGGAGUUUGAUCAUUUCCUGAGAGGUGCAGAGCAUUCCCUUAAAUCAGAGAAGCUCCCUAAAGUGGAGAAUCUAACAACUGAUCAGGUGGCGGCCAUGAUGCGUCUGACAAACUUACCAGCCUUCAAGGGGCUCUUUGAAUGGGUCAAUUCCAAAGAUGAGCACAAUGUACCAAUGUGCUGGAAGGAAGCAGUACCAUUUAGUGGUAUUGGCCAGGCUUUGCACCGUCUGCUUGUUGUACAGGCAUUCCGACCUGAUCGCCUGCUCUCAGCCUGCCAGAUAUUCAUCAACAGUGUCUUCGGAGAUCAGUUCCUCCACUCAUCCGAACAGGACAUCGACUUGGCUGCUGUCAUUGAAAAUGAUUGUAAAGCCUCAACACCAAUUCUGAUGUGCUCGGUCACUGGUUAUGAUGCCAGCGGCCGUGUUGAUGACAUUGCGGCUGAGCUCAGCAAGGGUAUAACAUCAAUUGCUAUUGGGUCAGCAGAAGGCUUUAACCAGGCAGAUAGAGCUAUCAACUCAGCCUCCAAGACUGGAAGAUGGGUGAUGUUGAAGAAUGUUCAUCUUGCUCCACAAUGGCUGGUAACAUUGGAAAAGAAGCUUCAUAGCAUCACCCCUCAUCCGAAUUUCCGUCUCUUCCUCACCAUGGAGAUUAACCCGAAGGUUCCUGUCAAUCUGCUCCGUGCAGGUCGAGUUUUCGUGUUUGAACCUCCUCCGGGUUUGAAAGCCAACUUGUUGAGAACAUUCAGCACUGUGCCUGCCUCCCGUAUGAACAAGGCUCCGACUGAAAGAGCAAGGCUGUACUUCCUGCUCUCGUGGUUCCAUGGUAUUAUCCAGGAGCGUUUGGUUUACUCGCCACUUGGCUGGUCGAAGAAAUACGAGUUUAAUGAAUCAGAUUUGCGUUGUGCUUGUGAUACACUUGACGUGUGGCUUGACCUGGCUGCUAAGGGUCGAUCUAACCUUUCACCCGAGAAAGUGCCGUGGAAUGCCUUCAGGACUCUGUUAUCACAGUGUAUCUAUGGCGGCCGUAUUGACAAUGACUUUGAUCAGCGUUUGUUGACAGCCUUUGUCAACAAGUUGUUUACUGUGAAGAGCUUUGAUGCCGACUUCCAAUUGAUCAAGGAAUUUGAUCAAGGCGAUGGGAAAAGCUUAUCAAUGCCAGACGGAAUAAGACGUGAACAGUUUUUGCAGUGGACAGAGUCGCUACCAGAGAACCAGACUCCAUCGUGGCUAGGCCUUCCUAACAAUGCUGAGAAAGUGCUUCUCACAACCUUGGGAAGUAACAUGAUCUCUAAGUUGCUGAAGAUGAGUCUGUUGGAGGAUGAGGAAGACAUAUCUGCUGCGUCUGUUGAAUUCAGAGAGAGGCACACAUCAGAUGGUCGGCCAUCUUGGAUGAGAACACUCAAUACAUCAGUUGGCCAUUGGCAGAGUGUUGUACCAAAAUCUUUGCCAUUGCUGAAGAGAACAGCAGACAACAUUAAGGAUCCUCUUUUCCGAUUUUUUGAGAGAGAGGUUAACCUAGGAUCCAGACUGUUGAAGACCGUACGAGCUGAUUUGGAGAAUGUAGCACAAGUCUGUCAGGGUAAGAAGAAACAGACCAAUCAUGAUAGGGCUCUUAUAUCUGACUUGGCUAAAGGUAUCAUACCUACAAACUGGAACAAGUACAAAGCACCAGUCGGCUUGACCGUCAUUCAGUGGGUUGGUGACUUCAGCGAGAGAAUCAAACAGCUGCAGCGAAUCUCAACGGCAACUGCUCAAGGUGGAGCUAAGGAACUUAAGAAUUUGCAAGUAUGGCUAGGUGGAAUGUUUAUCCCAGAGGCAUACAUUACAGCAACCAGGCAGUUCGUUGCUCAAGCUAACAGCUGGUCAUUGGAAGAACUCCAAAUGGAGGUCACAGUAGCAGACAAGGGUCAAACUGUUAACCUAGGAUCCAGACUGUUGAAGACCGUACGAGCUGAUUUGGAGAAUGUAGCACAAGUCUGUCAGGGUAAGAAGAAACAGACCAAUCAUGAUAGGGCUCUUAUAUCUGACUUGGCUAAAGGUAUCAUACCUACAAACUGGAACAAGUACAAAGCACCAGUCGGCUUGACCGUCAUUCAGUGGGUUGGUGACUUCAGCGAGAGAAUCAAACAGCUGCAGCGAAUCUCAACGGCAACUGCUCAAGGUGGAGCUAAGGAACUUAAGCUCACUAUGAACACAGCAGGCGAGGGCGCUGCAGUAGAUGGCCAAGAACACAGCUUCUACGAGCGAGGUGUAGCAAUCCUGUGUUCAGGACUGUCAGCUUAAAUUAUCGUGAUGCUAUAAAAAAAAAUACGUGCUUGAGUAAUUUGCAUGCUUAUCAAAGAAAAAACAUCAUGUUAACUGUGAAAAGAAACACUAAAAAUCGUUCAUAGUAUUAAGCAUUGAAUUUAUUUGUAUAAUCUAAACAUAGCUACUAUUAUCAGAAUUGUAUUAAAAUAAUUGCAAUGUGUUGUGAAAAUAAACAUACUAAUAAUUAAUUAAUUAAUAAUAAUAAUAAUAAUAAUUAAUAAUUAUUAAUUGAUAAUUAUAAUUAAUAAUUGAAUAAUUAGUUUAAAGAAUAUCAAUGGUAUCAGUGGUGGUUUAUAUAGAAUGUUGCUUUCUUUCAAUGUGUAAAAUUGUUGACAUGAAAAGAUGGUAUAGUCCUGUAAUAAUGGCAUGAAUUCACAUUUUUUGAUUGAAGUUUAAAAAUGUUGCUUAUAAUGUCUAAAAAUAAGAUUGAUAAACAAUGUAUUGCAACAUAGAUUUUUUUGACUGUUAACAGUCCAUUGAAAUUGGCACAGAUUUCUUCAAUAAUAUCAAUAAUUAUAAUGUUAAUAUCGAUUUUGUUCUUUCUUAUUGCCAAGAAUUGUUGAAUUAUUAGAGUUAUAGUAGAAUAUCACAGUUUGAUUAUAGUCAUAAAGUUUGAUAAAUAAACAUAAAAUUGUAGAUUGGUAGAGCUGUGUAAACUGCAUAGAUUCAUUAUAUGAAUCUAUAAAAAUUACAUUUUUGUGGAUAAUCCAUCGUAUACUUUUCUUAAGAUUGAAUGGCAUACAGUAUGUGUAUAAUUUUACAUAUUAAUUAUCACCAUAUAUUAUAAUUCAUUUCUUUGCUUUUCUCUCUUUAAAAAAAAAAAAGAAUUAUUGCAUGGUAAUAUCUUAUCUUAAUUCAAAAUAUUUGGAUUUGAGAAAUGAGAUUCAAAUUUUGUCAGUGAAAUAAAUGUGGUGUCAUAUA